UAAAUACAAACACCAUACUACCAAAAACACCAGCUUUCGUUUCUUCUCAACAAACUCCAAAAAAACUUCCCCAAAAAUCCAUCCCCAAAUUUCACUCAUUACCCAAAAACAAUGCAAUUACACUGUGAAACCUCCUUAAUCUCAUCUUCAACCUCAAAUUUUCCAUUCUCAGUAAACCCCAUUUCAUAUUCAUCUUCAAAUCGCAUAUCUUUCCCCUUUUCCUACUCUUUUUCCACCCUCAAAGCUCGAGCUACCCUCAACAAUGGCGGAUUCACAAAACCCAUCUCAGAGAUGACUUUUUACGACCUUUUAGGCAUUCCCCAAAACGUUUCUUUGAUUGAAAUCAAACAAGCUUACAAACAACUUGCGCGCAAAUAUCACCCUGAUGUUUCACCCCCAGAUUUAGUCGAUGAAUACACUCAUCGAUUUAUUCGUGUUCAAGAAGCUUACGAAGUUUUGUCUGAUCCUCGUACUAGGGCUAUUUAUGAUCGUGACAUGGCUCGUGGACUUCAUCUUGCUUUCUCUGCUCGCAAAAACUUUGAUCUUCAGGAAGUGGAGGACAAAAGUGACUGGAGAGGUCGUUGGCAGAGCCAGCUAUCAGGACUGAAGAAAAGAAGCAUGUACAAAGAUGCAAACCAAAACUCAUGGGGAGCUAGAAUGCGUCGUCAAAGGAACGAAUUGUCUGAAUCAUGAUUAUGAGAUAAUCCCACUAUGUAUAUAUCUAAUUUUGUUGCACCUUUUUUUUUUGUUUGGUGGGGGUAAUUAGGAACUGGAGGAAAUGGACAUUGCUGACUUGCUUGCUUGGACUGUGUGCAGUAAGCAACAAGGUGCAUAGGUCUCAUUUUCGCUGAUAUUUUUCGUCCAUAACUGUAUAAGAAUCAAGAAACAUAUUGCAUAUAAUUGUACAUCUACGCUGCUUGCUCGA